AUGCAUCUUCCACUACCUCUUCUAUCCCUGUUCCUCGCCAUAAUUCCUCCUCUCCAAGCAUCGCCAGCGCCUGCUAACCCUCAGAUACCCUCGCCACAGCACAUACUAGUAGACUCCGAUGCUUUACCCACCGAAUUCGAAAGCACAGGCUUCCGCAUCCCAACUCGCAACGAAUCAACCGUCCUCGCCCGCCGUCUCCUAGCCAAAUCGCGCGCAGGCGUCCUCUCAACCAUUUUCCCCAAGAACAUCACUUCACCAUACGUCCCUGCCGCGGUAGCAAACACACCCAUCGGUCUACCCGACUACAUCGCCUCCUGCGAAGAACCAACCGGAAACCCCACACUUCUGGCCCUGACAAUAUCCACGAGUACACGUAAUGCCGUUGCGGGCAGCAACGUCAGCUUGGCGAUUAGCUGGUGGGAUGAGUACGUCAAGCUCACGCAUGCUGAGCCCUGGAGUGCUGCGAAUUUGCCUCGAGCGAGUUUGAUCGGCUAUCUGGAAGAGAUGACCAAGGAGGAAGUCGAGAAGGCGGGUGUGGUCAAGUGCUUUACUGGGCUGCAUGGGGAUUCUAGGUGGUGGUUGCCUGGAGAUAAAAGUGCUGCGCAUGCGGGAGUGUGGAUGAGGAUGGUGGUUGAGCAGGUGUAUUGGAUUGGUGGGUUUGGAGAUCGGGCGUUUAUUGGGUGGUUUGACCCGGAGGUAUGGAGGGGAGUGAGGACUGAGGAGUGGAAGGCUGUGAGAUUGCCUGGAGAGAAGGAUUGA